GCCCAGUCCGCAGCGGCCACCUCAGCAGUGCCACCUCAGCGGUGACACAUCAGCAGCAGACGAAGACCAGAGUACUUAAUGCGCCGCAGUCAACGACUUGCGGAGCGCGGAUCCGCAGGAACCAAGCCCCAACAGGGAUCUAAGACACCUCGGAUCCCGCGCAGGCGACACACUACCAUGGCUGCUACCGCCGACGUCAAUGCACAAGCCAGCCCCAAGAGGCCGGUUACCCCUCCUAUCCCAGUUCAGCAGUCCGAUGAACCACUUCUAGCGUUCCUCAAACGACUCCAAUUCUACUCGGAGACCACGACAGCUGAACUGAGCAAGUGGGAAAAGGAGGAAGCCGCCCGCCAGCAGGAAAUUCAACGCCAGCUGGCAGAGGCAGAGGCAGCACGUCAGCAGGCCGCAGCAGAAGCUGCAGCAGCCGCACGGUUGCAACAGCAGCACGUCGAGGCAAGUCAAAACCAAGUUCGUUACCAAGCUACAAUGGAGCUCGCCAACGAAGAAGCCACGUACCGGAGGUUACUCCGACAGCGGCAUUUUCGAGCAAACGAGGAACAAGAGGAGCCGACCAAGGACGAGAGAAACAAGGAGGCCACAACAGUUUUGAUGGAGAAUCUGCUGUACACGUGCAAGUGGCAGCACCGUGAACUGUUGGCCAUGCGGCAGGUCUUCAUCCGCCACGAAACGACGUUUAAAGCAUUGCACAAGAAGAACGCUACCAUGCAGGCCGAACUCAGCACACUACACGCCGCCAACAGCCAGCAGCAGACAAUCAACAGCCAGCUGCAGAACGAUGUCAGCACAGGGUUGGCACAACUAUCGGCAGCUGCGUCGACGGGCAGCGCAAUGGCAGACUGCAGCCCAGCCUUGGCCGCGCAGGCCAAGCAACUCGAGGAGCGGAUCAACCACGUGGUCGCGUCCCUCGACGACAUCAACAAGUUUGUUGGAACGUCGACAGUCAGCAAUCAACUGCAGACGCUCAGCGACCGCGUUCAGCAACGACCGGCCGUUGUCGCCAAGGAAUGGAAGAUGCCGAACUUCAAGAUCAAGAAGUUCGAUGACUACCGCAAGACUGAUCCGCUGCAAUGGUGGAUGGCUUUCAACGCGGAGGCGGAUGUACAUCACACUCCAGAACUACGGCAGCUUGACGCACUCAACCUCCAACUCAUCGGAGGGGCGCAGGCUUUCAUGACCCACAUGGCCGUCACGUUGGAAUGCACCAUCGCCACCCUCCACACCAAGAUUACGUGGGGGGAAUUCAAGAAGAAAUGGAAGACCCGGUUCAUGGUCAACAACCACAAGCGUCACGCCUUGAACAAGAUCUUCCGCAUGUUUCAGGGCCAGCAACCUUCACGGGAGUGGCUGACGGAGUGGCAAAGACUCGUCGCCACCCUGGAGUUGAACUUACCGUUCGACGGAAUCCGGGCCGAAUUCUUCGCUCGGUCAUGCGACGCCUUGAUAGCUGCUCUCGGCAGCGAAUUCCAGUAUGAGACCUUUGAUGACAUGAUCUCAAAGGCAAGAGAACUAAUCCAAGGAAAAGUCGGCCUACGCACGUCACAUUGGUCGAUGGUCACACGCAAAAGUCAAUCGACUGAUGCGUUCACUUGGUGCAUGUACUUUGCCCCGCUAUCAUGCGAGGCCGUGUCAUUCGACAUAUUGGACACUAAGUUCGAUAUGAUCUUAGGCAUGUCGUGGCCGCAAAGCGAAGACCAUCCGGUGAACUUCUAUCGACGCACCGUUCACGUUCGUGAUCGGCGUGGCGAAUUAGUCCCGUGUACGGUGCCACUUCCUCAUCCUUCGAUUGGUUGUCACGUGGUCUCCUCGGCGAGCGUUCGCCAAUCCAUCUGGCGGAACGACAUCAAGGAGAUGGGCAUAUGUUUUCUUCACGCCCUCCCACCCGGUGAUCAGCCCAAGACGGAUAUGUCGGACCCACGCAUCAUUGAGCUGUUGGACAACUAUGAGGAUGUCUUCCAAGCUCCCGCCGGAGUAGUACCGGAUUGGUCCAUACGCCACGGGAUCCCUCUCGAGGACGGCGCCGUACGUCCGCGCGGAUGUAUCUACCGCAUGAGCGAAGAGGAGCUUCAAGUGCUUUGGGCACAAUUGGACGACCUCUUGGCCAAGAGUUGGAUUCACCUUAGCUGUUCGCCAUACGGUGCCCCCGUUCUCUUUGUCCGGAAGAAGAACAAGGACCUUCGUUUGUGCAUCGACUAUCGGAAACUUAACGAGCAAACGAUCAAGAACGCCGACCCUCUCCCUCGGAUCGAUGAUCUUCUCAAGCGCCUAGGAGGCGCUAAGUACUUCUCGAAGCUUGACCUCAAAUCCGACUACCACCAGAUCGAGAUCCAACCAAGAGAUAGGUACAAGACCGCGUUCAAGACGCGAUAUGGGCACUUUGAGUGGAUCGUCAUGCCUUUCGGUCUCACCAAUGCCCCGGCUACUUUCCAAGCGGCUAUUCCCCACGGCGUUCCGGAGGACAUCGUCAGCGACCGCGACACUCGUUUCAUGUCAGUCUUAUGGACGACACUCAUGGUGGAAUCUGGCACCAGCAUGAAACCGAGUUCCGCACGGCAUCCUCAAACGGAUGGGCAAACGGAACGUGCGCACCAAACUGCACAGAUGAUGCUCUGCACACUCAUCAACCCGGAUCAGAAGGACAGGGUUGACCGCCUUCCCGACAUCGAGUUUGCCUACAACACUUCGGUGCACCUCGCGAUUGGCGUGACUCCAUUCGAGUUGCGUCACGGUGGACGGAAAGCACGUAUCUUCGAAGACAUUUUGCUUCCACAGGCUGUCGAUAUCGACGCCGCUUGCUCCCCCGCUUCUACAUGGAAGUACAUGGAACUGCUGGCCCGCGCAAACAUGCAAAAGGCUCAGGGGUUGUACUUGCCGCUUCGAGCGUGUUUAACGGACGAUGAUUGGAAGCCAGCGAUUGUGCACACUUCGCAACACGAACUCUUUGUGAGGGUGACACAUGCCAUCUUGGACGACACCUUCUGGGCAGAUAUCGAGAAGGUGAUGCAAACGUCCAAGAACCUCCUCAAGCUUCUGAAGAAGGUCGACGGCGCGGGCCCCACCAUCAGUAAGGUGUACGCCCGUAUGGACAGCGCUGUGGAGAAACUGAGGGAGAGCAGGCACUUCACGGAAGCAGAAAAGGAUGAGCUAGAGGGUAUAAUAAUGCGGCGGUGGAAUACAAUGACUUCACCACUGCAUUGUGCUGCGCUGUUUUUGGAUCCGGAGUACAGAGCGUCGCGGCCGGAAUCCGAUGCAGAGAUUGUGGGCAGGUUUUGGACAUGGCUUUACUCGUGGUGCAAGGAGGCUGCGUACAGGGAGGUCGACGCGGAGGUCUAUUCUUGGAUCGAGGGCACCGGAAGGCACACUACCGAAAAUGCAAGGACACAAGCCCGUACGAUGCAGCCGGCGAGGUGGUGGCGGAAGUGGUGCAGCGACAUGCCCAUCCUCCAAAAGCAAGCCGUUCGACUCCUUGGACAAGGCUCCUCCUCCUCUAGUUGCGAGAGGAAUUGGAGCUUGUUCGAACGGAUUCAUAGCCGUCUCCGCAACAAUCUUGGCACCGUCAAGCUAAGCACGCUGGUUUUCAACAAAUGGAACCAGCACUUGUUGGAGUUCUUGACCAAGAAACCGAAGGUUGACGAUGCGGCGAAGUGGGAAGAGGAUGAGCCGGUGGAAGAUCUCACACGAGAUGAGAUGGCGUCGGAUGCACGCCUGCGGUUGGGGGAGUGGCGUGCCCGCUUGUGUGGAACACAUUCGGUCCACGACGAAGGUGAGAAUGACGACUCGGGCUCCCACGAGAAGGACAUUCCUGUCCAAGCGCAACAAACAGCUGUUGCGGAGGAGGUCACAGUUCAGCAUCGUCGGCUGCACAACGAGUUGUUCGAGCUCGAGAGGGAGCUCAACGAGUUGUGGAGGAAGGCAACGAAAGCUUCCAAGUUUUUGGCCUGGCAGCAUUUGCAUGACUUGGAUCAGGCUACCAGGACCAUGACCCUCGAGCAUGCCAACAAGUACAAAGUUGCGCGGGCUGCUGCAUGUGCACCACCCUCCGUACCCGCCAAACGAGGGAGAGGGAGACCUCGAAAGGACGCUGCGACUCAUGGGGGGACAGGUGACGAGGAAGUUGAGGAUGCGGAAGGUGGAGAUUUGGAAGGUGUUGGUGCACCCACACGUGCGACAAGAAAGCGGGGACGACCACGAAAGGCGCCCGUGGAAGAGGAGGAGAUUGGAAAUAGAAAGGGGACACGGAAGCGAGGAUGUUUGCAGGUGCAGCCCGCCUAAGAGAAGGAGGAAGCAACGUUUGAAAAGACGAGCAGCGCUGACAAACGUGGAAGAGGAUGAGGU